AUGCAGACCUUUGGCGCUCUUCUCGUCUCCCUCGCGGCAGCUGGCCUUGCCACGGCCCUGCCCACCAGCAACGACGGCCAGGUGUCGGUACGAGUCGCCCGCAACCGUAGCUUCAGGGCCCAUGGACCGCUUGCCCUAGCCAAGGCCUAUCGCAAGUUCAACAAGCCCAUCCCCGACGACGUUGCUGCGGCCGUGUCCGCCUCUCAACUUACAAAGCGGGCCACCGGCUCCGUGACAAACGUCCCGCAGCAGUACGACAGCGAGUAUCUUGCCGCCGUUCAGAUAGGCACUCCGGCGCAGACAUUGGACCUCGCCUUCGACACUGGAUCCAGCGAACUCUGGGUGUUGUCAGCGGAAACCCCGUCCGGCGAGGUCCAGGGCCAGACGCUGUACCACCCGGCAUCCAGCUCGACGGCGCGGCUCCUCGGCGGACUGAGAUGGAACAUCACCUACGAAGACGGUAGCAGCUCCAGCGGCGAUGUGUACAGCGAUGUCGUCGCCGUCGGAGGCUUACAGGUCAAGGGCCAGGCCGUCGAGUCUGCCCAGCAGGUUUCCGCCGAGUUCACCGGCGAUGCGGCCUCCGGGCUGCUCGGCCUGGCCUUUGGCUCCCUAAACACCGUGUAUCCUACCAAGCAAAAGACCUUUUUUGACAAUGCUCAAGCCAGUCUGGCCGCGCCGCUAUUUACCGCCAACCUAAACCACGAUGCGGACGGCAAGUACAACUUUGGGUACAUCGACGCUUCCGAGCACACCGGAAGCAUCACGUACACGGCCGUCGACAACAGCCAAGGCCUUUGGGGCUUCACGGCGACGGGCUACGCUGUCGGCGACGACGAACCCAACUACCGGCCCAUCCCGGGCAUCGCCGACACGGGAACCAGCCUCCUCCUGCUUGACGACGACACCGUCCGCGCCUACUACGCCCAGGUCAGCGGCUCUCAGUACGACAGCUCCCAGGGCGGAUACACCUUCGGCUGCGGCGCCUCGCUGCCCGACUUCACGUUUGGCGUCGAGGACUCGUCCAUUACCAUCCCGGGCGCGUACAUGAACUAUUGCCCCACCGACGAUUCUGGAUCGACGUGCUUUGGGGGCAUUCAGAGCAGCGCUGGCAUCGGGCUCAACAUAUUUGGUGACGUCGCGCUCAAGGCGGCUUUGGUGGUGUUUGAUGCCGGAAACACGCGUCUGGGAUGGGCCCCCAAGUAG